UGUGAUGACCGACCACUUUUGCUACACUUGCAAAACUGUGGGUUAGGACUUGUAACAUUAAUAGGUAAAAAACUUUAAACCAAGGGUGUAAAUAAGCAGUUGACAGCAGAACACAAAGUAAUAGAUCCAAGGAUGUCAAGUUACCCACAAAGUAACAUACACAAUAACUGGUAAGCUGGCACGAUGUGUUAAACCCGUGCAAUACCGACUGUUGUUUUCCGGCCACGCGAGGAUAACGCUGCAAGCAAGUUCAUUUAUUCAUUCAUUCAAGUCAACGUUAAAUUACAGUCUGGUUAAUUUUUAACCCACGAAGCAAACAGUGUUGUCCCUGCAGUGAAGCUAUAUGUGUGUGUUUGCCGUUCACCGCUUAAAGUAGUCAACAGUGGCCCAAUUUUUGCUGUUUGUAAUGCCAAGUGAUAGAUGGAAACGGAAGUUCAGGCAAGAAUUUUGCACACUUUAGCAAUAGUGUAACAAUAGCCCUUUCGUCAGGUUGAUGUUUUUUUAUAAAAACAGGAAAAGAUUCCUCGGAGAACAUAUAGUUAUAUUGUGGUAUCGUAUACUUCAAACUGCCAGUAAUCAAUCUGCCAGUAAUUAAAAUGAAGGUUAUUUAUGCUGGUUAUAGUAAAACUGGAACUAAAACCAUGGGAGCGGUAUUUCGUGAGUUUGGCUACAACACUUAUGACUGGCUUGAAAACUGCUACUAUAUUGGCGAAGACUGGAAAAGAAUAAUCAAAGAAGGAGGAACAGUGGACGAUUUUAGAAGAAUGUACAAAGGUGUGGAUGCUGUAGUUGAUGGACCUAGUUAUGCGUUUUGGGAAGAAUUGUCUCUUGCUUUUCCCGAAGCAAAGCUUAUCUUUUGUGUGAGAAAUGAACAGGAAUGGUUAAGAAGUAUGAUAAACCAACUCAAGCAACUUGACUGCGAUUGGUUGUUCAAAAUAUUUCAGGUGUUUUCUUAUACAGGGUGGAAAUAUUUUUCCUUCAGUCAAAUAGCAGAACCAAUCGUUGUUUCACCACGACAACGUAGGUGGCCUUGGACAAAGUACGAGAAGAAUCCAGUGGUAUUAAAACAACUCUACAGAAAUCACAAUGCAUCUUUUCUCCAAAAUGCCCCGAAAGAUAAACUGUUGAUAUACAACUUUGGAGACGGUUGGGGACCAAUCUGUGAAUUCCUGGGAGAGAAAGUUCCAGACAAACCCUUUCCACAUGCGAACAAAGAAGCCUCGCUUGUAAAAGACUGGAUGCAAAGUAAUCCAGUUAUGAAGCGAAUGAUGCGAGAAACGAUGUUUUCUCUCGGGGUUCUUACUCUCAUUGGGGCGUACGGUGGGUACAAGGUUUACCAAAACCCAGCAAGUAUAAGAGGUUGGAUCAACGCAGCAAUGACAAGGUUCAAGCUCUAAGGUGUUUUGAAUGUACAUCAUCAACAGACCUAGAUAACGACAUGCUUUUAUACUACUUUAAUUUAUGACGUUUAAUUAAAUUAUAUUUCCAGUGUUGAGGUCCAUUUUGACCAAAUAUUUUGGUGGCAGAAUUACAAUACAGCACAUUUACUAUGAAAAAAA